GCUUGCGCAAGCCGUGCGAUAAGCAAUAGACACAGUUUAUGUAAGGCUGUCUUAAGGAAUAUAAAUUCCUUGUCUUGUGAUAGGAGGAACCCAAGUUGAGUUCAUGUGACCCCGUUUUCAACUAUGGAACAGUUUUGCAGUGGGGAGCCGUUUUGGGACAACCAGAAGAUCUGGAACAACACCUGGCCACAGUUCACCGACUGUUUCCAGUCCACAGUGCUGGUGUGGGUGCCAUGUGGAUGGCUGUGGUUGACGGCGCCUUUCUACAUGUACUACCUCUGUACCGUCAGUCCAGCAGUUUUGUCAUCAGUAGCUAAAUAUUUAGUAAAAUUGUUGUGUUGUGGCCUUCUACUACUGCUGUCUAUAGUGGACAUUGUGCAGUCGGUCAGUGACCACCGAACUAGAGGCAGCGCCACCUACUUCCUGUCUGAUGUUGUCGCACCCAUUGUGCAGUCUUUCACUUUUCUCCUGGCCCUGUUGUUUAUAUAUCUAGAAAGGAGGAAAGGUCUCACCACAUCAGGUGUACUGUUCCUGUUUUGGGUAUUUCAGCUGGUAGCUGGCAUUGUACCAUUUUACUCCAAAUUAGAACUGCAGACAUACCAGCAGGAUGUGCUGAAGUUCAGCCUGUUCUAUAUCUACUACUUCCUGGUGCUGGUUGAGUUCUUUGUAAACUGUUUUGCCGAAACAACCUGGAAACCCCCAGCAGAAAAGAUCCCAUGUCCAGAGACCGAGGCGUCUUUCUUAUCCAGGAUUACAUUCUGGUGGCAAAACAGGCUGCUGUUCCAAGGUUACAAAAAGGCGCUCACAGAAGAUGACCUGUCCGAUCUCAACCCCCGAGAAAAGUCCUCACAUGUUGUGCCUCGUUUCUUAGUCAACUGGAACUACGGAGUUGAAAAAGCCAGAGAAAAGGCCCGUAGUCUUGGCCAACAUUCCUCACAUCGACAGGCAUCCUCCAACCUCCAGGACAGCAAUGAGUACACUCCACUCAUACCAAAACAAGAACAAACCAAGGAGAAGUCCCCCAAAACUGGACCAAAACCAUCACUUGUUCUUGCACUGUGGAAAACCUUUGGCUUGGAGCUCCUCCAGUCACAGUUCUGGAAACUCUUAUAUGAUGCCUUGUUAUUGUGCAACCCUCUCCUACUUGGACAGCUGAUAGAGUUUGUAGAAGACAACCAGUCUGAAGAAUGGAAGGGCUACACGUUUGGCGCCAUUCUCUUUGUAUCCAUGUCACUACAGUCACUCUUCUUCCACGCCCUGUGGCAUCAGUCUACAUCUCUCGGGCUGAGGGUCAGGUGCAGCAUCAUCUCGGCAGUCUUCAGGAAGGCGUUGUCCAUCAACAACCAAGCCCGCCGUGAGUCCACUGUGGGUGAGGUGGUGAACCUGAUGUCUGUGGAUGCUGAGCAUGUGGAGGGGGUGUUUGGAUGGCUGUGGUCCACUUGGUCCAGUAUCCUGCAGAUAUGUGUGGCCCUGUAUCUUCUCUACAACACACUGGGCGUGGCCAUGUUUGCCGGCCUCGGCUUCCUCCUCCUCCUCUUCCCCAUCAACGGCUUCAUCAUGUCGAAGCUGGGCAGUUACCAGACUCAGCUGAUGGCACAGAAGGACAUCCGGAUGAAGAUGAUGAACGAGGUCCUCAGUGGGAUGAAGAUACUGAAGCUGUAUGCGUGGGAGCCCUCCUUCCAGGAGAAGGUGAAGGAGAUCCGGGACCGUGAACUGGCCAUCUUGUGGAAAUCUUCCCUCAUCUCUAGCUCUCUAACAUUCUCCUGGACUGUAGCUCCAUACAUGGUUUCUCUAGUGACAUUUCUAACCUACAUCUACAUUACUGACGAUCACUACCUCAACCCACAAACAGCAUUCGUGGCCAUCUCACUGUUCAACAUCCUUCGCUUUGCAGUCAACAUGCUGCCCAUGGUGCUCACAGAUGUGGUCAAGGCGAUCAUUUCAGUGAGGAGGAUCAGCAAGUACCUCAGUCGGGAGGAUCUUGAUGAGAGCAGUAUUGGAGUUGACCCUCUCCAGGAUGAUCCCAUCAUGAUCAGGAAUGCUACAUUCAAGUGGACUUCAGAAUUGGAACCAGCACUUACAAAUAUCAACCUGAAGAUAAAGGACGGUCACCUUCUGGCUGUUGUUGGUCAGGUAGGAUCUGGCAAGUCAUCUCUUGUGUCGGCCAUAUUGGGCGAACUGAACAAGGUCAAGGGCAAAGUCAGCACACGGGGACGUGUAGCCUACGUACCUCAACAAGCCUGGAUCCAGAACGACACCCUGCAGAACAACAUCCUGUUUGGGAAGCCAAUGGACAAGGAGCUCUACGAUGAGGUGAUGGAGUGCUGUGCCCUGAAACCCGACCUGGACAUGCUGCCAGCAGGGGACAUGACAGAGAUAGGGGAGAGGGGCAUCAACUUGAGUGGAGGACAGAAGCAGAGAGUGUCUUUAGCCAGAGCUGUCUACAAUGAUGCUGAUAUCUAUCUCCUGGAUGAUCCUCUCAGUGCUGUCGACAGCCAUGUUGGCAAGCACAUCUUUGAUAAAGUUAUAUGUAAAAACGGACUUCUGAAAAACAAGACACGGGUGCUGGUGACCCAUGGCAUCCACUGGCUGCUGGAGGUGGACACUGUGGUGGUGAUGACCAACGGCCUCAUCUCAGAGAUGGGAUCCUAUGAUGAGCUGCUGAGCCAUAAUGGACCCUUUGCCCUGUUCCUGAGGACCUACUUCUUGGAGAGUGAAGAUGAAGAAGGGGAAAAUCCUGAAGUUAUUGAGAUGAAGCGCCAAGUGUUACAGAGGCUGGAGUCGGUGAAAACGGACGAUGAUUCAGAGGCAGACAUCAUGGAAAUGAAACGGAAAAAGAGAGAGUCUGAGUGCCAAGUUGCAGAUGAGGAUGCAAAGCCCAAGGAUGUAGAGGAAGAUAAGGAGGACAAGAGGAAGCUGAUCGAGGAGGAGAAGGUGGAGGGGGGCCGGGUGAAAUGGAAUGUUUUCAUGACAUUUGGUCGGGCUGUUGGACUGAAGUAUGUUGGCCUCAUCUUCAUCCUGUACGGGCUGUACGAGGCAGCGGCAGUCAUAGCCAACGUCUGGCUGAGUGAGUGGACAGAUGAUGCUCAGCUUAACAACAUCUCAGCCCUGCCAUUCAACAGCACUGAGCGGCUCGACAGGAACAACUACUACUUGGGGAUAUACGGAGGCCUUGGCGCCGCAGAGACAAUCUUUGUCAUGGGUUUCUCCAUCACCGUCAGCAUCCGAUCUGUACAUGCUUCUCGGAUUCUCCACAACCGCAUGCUGGUCAACAUCUUCAAAGCCCCGAUGUCAUACUUUGAUACUACCCCUGCGGGACGUAUUGUCAACAGAUUCUCCCAGGACAUUGAAACAGUGGACAACGAGUUGCCCCUGACAUUUGAGAUGUGGCUGGACACGGCCCUGCUGGUCUUCGGGACAAUCAUUGUGAUCAGCUACAGCACACCCAUCUUCCUGGCUGUCAUAGUGCCACUGUUUAUCCUCUACUUCUUUAUACAGAGAUUCUACAUACCAACAUCUCGUCAAGUGAAGAGACUUGAGUCGAAGACGCGGUCCCCAAUCUAUAGUCACUUUGGGGAGACUGUGUCAGGAGCUAGUGUGAUACGAGCAUAUGGGGUAACAGAUAGAUUCAUUGACGAGUCCGAGAAGAGGGUCGACAACAACCAGAGGUUUGCUUUUGCUGGAUUUUCAGCUAACAGAUGGUUGGGCAUCCGUCUGGAGUUCCUAGGCAACUUAAUCAUCUUGGCAGCCUCAGUGUUUGCUGUUCUGGCCCGCGACAGCAUCACUGGAGGGUUGGUCGGCCUCUCCAUCUCAUAUGCCUUAGAGAUAACAGGAAAUCUUAACUGGUUGGUUCGUAUGACCUCUGAUCUCGAGACACAAGUGGUUUCAGUUGAAAGACUCAAAGAGUACACAGAGAUUGCAUCAGAGGCUGCCUGGUCUCGGCGGGAACACCGUCCCAACCACGACUGGCCACAGUCUGGACUGGUCAAGUUUGUGGACUACUCGACACGCUAUCGACAAGGUCUUGACCUGGUGCUGCGGGGCAUCUCAUGCACCAUCAACCCAGGAGAGAAGGUCGGCAUUGUGGGCAGGACAGGUGCCGGGAAGUCAUCUCUGACCCUGUCACUGUUCCGACUGAUCGAGGGGGCAGGAGGGCAGAUAGUCAUAGAUGGUGUUGACAUCAGUAUGUUGGGACUACAUGAUCUCAGGAAGAGACUUACCAUCUUACCACAGGACCCUGUGCUGUUUGCUGGGAGCCUCAGGAUCAACUUGGACCCUCUUGACGAGCACAGUGACAGCCAGAUUUGGACAGCCCUGGACCACGCCCACCUGAAGACAUUUGUCCAAUCUCUGCCGGACACACUGCAACAUGAGUGUGGGGAAGGAGGGGAGAAUCUCAGUGUUGGUCAGCGGCAGCUGCUAUGUCUGGCAAGAGCUCUCCUCAAGAAGACCAAGAUCCUGAUUCUGGACGAAGCUACAGCAGCCGUUGACAUGGAAACGGAUGACCUGAUCCAGCAGACGAUCAGGACAGAGUUCAAGGACUGUACUGUGAUGACCAUCGCCCACCGACUCAACACAGUCAUGGACUAUGACAGGAUUUUGGUACUGGAUAAUGGCAAGGUAGUGGAUUUUGACUCCCCUCAGUCUCUCCUCCAGAAACCUGGCGGGGUUUUCUACAAGAUGGCUGAGGAUGCGGGACUGGCGUGAUGCCGGUGCUACGGUACUGGUGAUGCAGUGUACUUAAAACCAUGAAGCAUAGGGCAAAUACAACCACAGUCACUUUGGACGAGUAGGGAACACAUCACUAAAGUCUCAUAUUCAUGUUCUUUGCUAUAAAUAUUACCAUGUGUAUUGAUGCUGCGACAAAUCAGCUUUUUAUUCAGUGGUGGUUACUGUGGUUUGAAACUGACCUGUCAGAAUUGAGUAUUUUAAAACACAUACAUCUGAGAUGUCUCUAUUUCCCAUUGGGUUGGAAAUAUUUUAGCUUCAUAAAUCAUUAUGUGCAUAAGCACAGGUGUCAUCUCACACACAUCAGUGUAUUGGUUACGUCUCAUGAAUGGCAGUGUUGAUAUUAUUCCAGUCUUAUUGUAGCAGAAGUUUGGAUGGGCAUCAUGGUAGAAAUGAUGUCUUCAGAUUCAGAUUCA